AUGACUGUCGCCAGCGAAUUUGAAGUCGCCAACCAGCAAUAUGCUGCUGGCUUCGACAAGGCUGACUUGCCUAUGCCUCCCGGCCGAAAGGUAUUCGUCUUGACUUGUAUGGACGCCCGUCUCGACCCGGCCAAGUUCCUCGGCCUGGAAGAGGGCCACGCACACGUCUACCGCAACGCCGGCGGCCGCGCGGCCGAGGCCUUGCGCUCCCUGAUUAUCUCGCAGCAGGCGCUGGGCACGCGAGAAGUCGUCGUGAUUCAUCAUACGGACUGUGGCAUGCUGAUAAUCAAGGAGGAGGAAUUCCGUGACACCGUCAAGAAGAACACUGGGGAGGACGUCAGCCACAUUCCGUUUCUGACGAUCAAGGAUCUCCAGGAGAGUGUUAGGACGGAUGUUGAGCUGCUGAGGAAGAAUCCGGCAGUUCUGGAUGUGCCGAUUUCGGGAUACAUCUACGAUGUCAAGACGGGCAAGAUCAACAAGGUCGAUGUCUAA